AUGCCACUUGUAGACUAAGGACAAACCUAACAACGCAUUGGCACUGAAGUGCUGCAGCUUCAGCAACAUACCUCACUGGGCAAAUCCAUAGUCGCUCCAUGACAAUUUGUAGCUGAAAAGAAAAAGUUUUAACGCCGUACAAAAUGUAAUUGUUAAAACUAAAAUGCUUGAUUUUCUUUUUAUCUGAGUGGAAAUUAAUAACGGAUCACUGAAACCAAGAGGACAUUUCUGAGGAUGGGCGCGCGUUUCUGUCUCAAGUUAGCAAACGGAGUGAGGCGGGCUUAAAAAUAAGGGUUUUUCGUCAACUGCACCGAACCAGACCAGUAAAGUUUUCUUUAUGGAGUUUCAAAAUGACAUUUUCAAAUUUGUUUAACGAGAGUAAUGAUGCAUUUUACUCAACUGAAGCCAGUAACGCGUCUUUUUCCAAAAAAAGCAGCAACACGACUUGCGUUGGUAUCACACUCGACAGCCAAGUCGUCGGAGUCGGGAUUUUUCUGGCGAUGUUCAUCCUGGUGGCAAUUGUUGGGAACAUUUUAGUUAUUCUCUCUGUCUUAUGCAACAAACACUUGCAGACUGUCACAAACUUCUUUAUAGUAAACCUCGCCAUAGCUGAUUUGCUCCUGAGUGUUAUUGUUCUCCCUUUCUCGGCGUCUCUGGAGGUGCUGGGAUGCUGGGUGUUCGGCCGGCUGUUUUGCAACGUUUGGGCGGCGGUGGACGUAUUGUGUUGUACCGCGUCCAUCCUAAGUCUUUGCAUAAUCUCCAUAGACAGGUACAUAGGGGUGAAAUAUUGCUUAAAGUACCCCACUAUAAUGACGGAAAGGAGAGCCGGUGUCAUCCUCGUGGUCGUCUGGGUGUCCUCUAUGAUUAUAUCAAUCGGACCACUUCUGGGAUGGAAAGAGCCACCGCCUUCGGAUGAGAGCAUCUGCAAAAUCACCGAGGAGCCGGGCUAUGCUCUGUUCUCCUCGCUGUUCUCCUUCUACCUCCCACUAACGAUAAUUCUCGUCAUGUAUUUUAGAGUGUACGUGGUGGCUCGACGCACGACCAAAAGUUUGGAAGCGGGCGUGAAGCGUGAGACGAACAAAUCGAUGGAGGUGGUGUUGCGGAUACACUGCCGGAGCUUGCCGGAGGACGCGGUUACGAGCUCCAAAAGCAAGCACCAUCCUUUCCGAAGCUCGCUGUCCGUGCGCCUGAUGAAGUUCUCUCGAGAGAAGAAGGCUGCUAAAACCCUAGCCAUCGUUGUGGGGAUGUUCAUUUUAUGUUGGCUACCGUUUUUCUUCGUCUUGCCUUUAGGCUCCUUUUUCCCUGCACUGAAGCCUUCAGAGGUCGUGUUCAAAGUGAUCUUCUGGCUGGGAUACUUCAACAGUUGCAUCAACCCAUUAAUCUAUCCGUGCUCAAGCAAGGAGUUCCAGCGUGCAUUCACGCGUCUGCUCCGGUGCCAGUGCCGCCGUCGCCGGCGUGCCCUCCGACGCUUCUACGACCAGCGGUGGCACACUGCCAUCCGUGACGCUGCCAGGGAGUCACAGGACGACUACCGGCCGGGCCUUUCUUUGCACGAGCCCUGCGCCGGUUCUGUGUUAUCGUACCGGAGCAAAACCCACCCCCUGCGGCUCAGGGGGUGGAGCUUAUUCCCACCCCUGCAGAAGUCCUCCUUCCACCUGAAGGAGAAGAUGAACAACUUGUCCAAUAAGAUCAAGCGUGGCACUGGAAAAAGCCCUGCCCCCAUCCCAGGCAGGACUGAGAUCGAUACGGUGACCAUGGGGAUCUAUGGAGAAUGCGGAGAACAUGCCGGCUACCAGAUCUACGACCUCACGGAAUGUUACAGCCUGAAGGAGACGGACAUCUGAAUGAACGUGGCUGGCUGAGGUUGGGUUUCUCAAGCGCUGCCGUCUGGUGCGCGGAGAGUGGAGUCUGGUCACAGAUCCAGACUUCAAAGAGCACACUGACAAAAGCACAAUUAAGAAAAUUCUGAAAUGGAAAAGAACUAAGAAUACUUCUUUUGGAAGAGAAAUGCGAAAAGCUCAUUUACCCAUGAUUUAAAAAAAACUGCUACACAGAAGGUGCAAAUGUUAUUUUGCCUGUAGAGUAAAACCACUACUUUACCCUGGACACAAUGAGUGCUGUCACUAGACGCACAAACGAAGCCUCGAAUCUGAUUAACUCUUGCACUGUGUAGGUUCCCACAGACUCUUCAAACGAUUCAUUCAAAACUGUCAGACUCCUUGGCAAGCAGUAGAGCAACACUGAAGAGCUACUGUACAAUCAAUCAGUCUUACUACACAAACGGAGCUUAGUACUAUGGGGUGAAAGACCUAAAUACAGUGAGCAGCUGUGAGCUAUCCAAGGGAACAGCGAAACAGUGGUACUACUUAGUAUUUAUAUAGUGUUUUUAAAAGACAUAUUAUGGCACUCACAUGGGUAAAUUGUGUAAUGUUUAUUGGAUUAUUAUUUAAAACACUUUUGAGAUACUUUUCAUGAGACACAGAACACUACUUACCUAAAAGAAUUUUGAUAAAUUGUUGUCAUUAUUUCAAACGGGUAGUUCAGAUUCUAAGACCUGUCUCGGAAAGAGUAUCAUAUGAACGGCACUGGCUUCUGCGCCAGGACAGCAAGUCAUACUUCAUUCAUUUCCUUCUGAACCACUUGCAUUGUUGAGAGACGCUUCGACUUCGACAUUUGUAUUUGCACAUG